AUGUCAAUGGGUCUCCACUCGGCGCGCGAGGAGCUCGGCCUGCCCAACGUGGCCAGCAGCCACGGCAUGGGCAUGCACCCCGCCUCGGGGUACCACCUCCACGCUGACGCUGCGCAGCACCAUCACCACCACCAGCAACAGCAACAGCAACAGCAUCACCAGCAACAACAGCAGCAGCAGCAGCAGCAACAGCACCUCAGCGGUCUCGCCAAGCCCAUGAGUCUCAGCCCGCGGACGUUCGGUAUGGAGGACCUGCGGGACUUUUGCGGCCCCGUGGGCGGCGGAACGUUCAAGACGGGUCUGACGCCGCGGGUCUUUAGCACGGGGCUCACCCCUCGCUCGGGCUUUACGCCGCGCUUCACCACGGGCUUUACGCCGCGGAUCAACAUCACGGACCUCAGUCAAGCCUCGAGCACUGCCCCCUCGACCGAGACAGCGGUCGCCGCCGCGGCGUCGAACUACCUGAGUCGACCAGGCAGCGGCGCCAGUGGCUACUCGCCCCGCGGGGCUUCGGACGCGACCACGCACACGCACAACAAGAUCUCACCCUCGGGGUUCACGCCCAAGGACGUGUCGGGGCUGUCCAAAGUGCCCAUGCGCUUCCCUGGAGCCUUCUCCAGCGCCAGUUCCCCCAAGAUGGCCAUGGCGGACCAGUACAAGCACGAGCAACAGCAGCAGCAGCAGCAACAACAGCAGCAGCAACAGCAUGCUCAUCAUGCUCACCUUCAGGGCGGACCGCUGUCGCAGUCGCAUCUCCACCAGAUGCAGCAGCUGCAUCACCAGUCGCAGCAGCUGAGCCAUCACGCUGGCCAACUGGCGCACCCGAGCAUAGCAGCAAUGAACAUGAACAUGUACGAGUACAUGCACCGCCCGACGCUGCAGCAGCAGCAGCAGCCGCCGCCGCCGGCGGACGCUCGACUGAGCGAGACCCCGUGCUCGGACCACGCGUCCGACCAGGAGGACCUCGACGAACGGCGCCGCAUGAAGAACCGCGAGCGCGUGCGCAAGUGCCGAAAGCGCAAACAGGACCGUCUCAACUUUCUCGAAGACCGCACGGCCGAGCUGGAGAAGGAAAACGGGCUCUUGAAAGCCAAAGUGGCACGCAAAGAGGCUGGAGGGAAGGACGACGCGCCGCUGACGGACGUCCAGCUCGACGAGCUGCGCAAGAGCCAGACCACGACGUUACUGGCCUACAUCCGUGCGUACAAUGACGCUGCGGGAGGCGCUGCUUUUGACAUGAGUGCGCGUGGUGUUUGGACGAACAAUGCCGAGAUUCUGUACGGCAGCAGUGGAGCGAGCGUGGCUGGCUUGGCAGGUAUCAUUGCCUGCAAGCAGUCGAGUGCCAGUGUGUUUGCCAAGUACGAGAUCAAGCAAUACAUGGUGCAGUGGAAGCCUAACUCGACGAACAAGUGCCUUGUCAAUUGGGACAUUGAAGUGAUCGUGAAGCAAGAUGCAGCCCCGGAUGUGCCCCUGACGGCACCUUUUGCAGAGCUUGCGCCCUACUUUGGCGCCACUGGCGAGCUGCUGCCGUUCCAGAUGACGUCGCACAUUACGUUCGAGAAUGGCAGGAUCGUGGAGGAAAUUCGUCAGCUGGAUUUGUCCCGCAUUAGCGACAAAGCUAUGGAGCAGUUUGGGGACGACCCCAAGAAGGCUGCAGACGUGCUGCGGAGUCUGAUGAAGACCGCAUGA